CUAUUUGUAAACUUAGUUUUCGUUUAUUUAUUCUGUCUUAUACCUGUGAUAUGUUACAUACUUAUUCAUAUUUUACUUCCAAUCAUUCUUUUUAUAUUUAUGUUAUGAACGGGAAAAAUAUAGUUUUUCGUCUUAUGUUUUUGUUUUGUUUAUCAUUGUUCCUGGCGGGAAAAGUUGAUAACAUUGAAUACCCAAAAAAAGAAACCGACUUGAAAUCUACUGUUUCUGUGAAAAGCGAUUUUAAAGAACUAAAAAGUUGGAAUUGUGAAUUGCUAAAUGCUUGUGAUGAUAAACUUGGAUUUGAUGCCAUUUUAACUCUUCACCAACGGCUUGAUGAUGAUGCAGAUGGAAAUAUUGAUAUUGUUGAGAGUGAUGAGUUCUUUAGAGAUGAAUUGAACUAUAAAAGUGGCUAUGAACGUCAAAAAAGAUUUCAUCGAAAUGAUAAACAUAUAUCAGUUGAUGAAUUGUGGCUUACAUGGAAAUCCUCAGAAGUUCACAACUGGACUGUAGAAGAAACUAUUCAAUGGCUUGUUUCAUAUGUUGAUCUGCCCCAAUACGCUGGAAAUUUCAAAGAAAAUUCUAUUGAUGGUACAUCACUACCAAGGUUGGCUGUCAAUAACAUGCAUUUUUUGUCUAAUCUGGGCAUUAAAGAUCCUAUUCAUAAACAUAAAAUUUCACUGAAAGCAAUGGAUGUUGUUUUGUUUGGCCCUCCAAGAAAUAAUAAAUAUUUCAAAGAUGUUAUAUUGGCACUUUCAAUUGUCCUGGCUACUGUUGGUUGUUGGUUUGCUUAUGCUCAACACAAGAAGUCACAAUCACAUUUGAGAAAAACUAUGAAAGAUUUAGAAAGCUUGCAGCGGGCUGAGGAAUCUCUACGAACUUUGCAAGAAGAACUAGAUAAAGCAAAACUUGAGCAAGAAAGGGCAACUACAGAAAAAAGAGAUCUUGAACGUAGGCUUCAAGAUGAAAAGACAAUUGUAAAACUUACACGACAAGAUUCAUCUGGAAAUUUGGAUGGAAGCCAAACGAAAAUUCAGAAAUUGGAACAGGAACUAAGAGAUGUGAUUGAAGAUCUAAGAUGUGCUGAGCGAGCUUUACAUGCAAAAAACUGGAUGCCUUCUCCAACAUUGCAGCAUUGGCUUCAAUUGACUCACGAAUUGGAGUUACAGCAUUAUAAUGAAAAGAAAGCAGCUGCUGAAAAACAACUUAUUGCUGCUAAGGAAGGUUGCGAAAAACUACGCAAAAAACGAACCAGUUUUAUGGGGGCUUUUCGAGUAGCACAUAGUAGUGCCAUUAAUGAUGUAGAUAACAGAAUAUUACAAGCAAGGACUGCUUUGUCAGAAGUAACCAAAGAUCUACAAGAAAGACUUAGCCGGUGGAAAGAAAUAGAAAUGCUAUGUGGAUUUCCGAUUGUCAAUAAUCCAGGUAUUAGGCAGUUAGAGGCUAUUCUUGGAACAUCAAUGAGUGUUACAACUCCCACUAGUGUUACACCCAGAGUUGCCAGAAGAAAUAGUGAAGGAAAUAUUACUGAUGAUGAAACUUUAUCUGUUUUAGAAACAGGCGUUUCUGCAAUUCAGCAUCUAGUUCACAAUUCUGCCACUCUUUUUCUUGCUCCUCUUCCUUCUACUCAUCUCAGUAACUUUCCAUCAUUCAAUAAUUGUCCCUCUAGAAGCUCUCCGUGUCAAGAUGAUACAUUUUCUCUUUAUCAGUCUGGUUACUUAUCUUUUGCUCAGUGUGAUCAAUCAACUGAUGAUGGGUCCAUCACAAACAUACCAAUUUUCUGCAAUCAAAGAAGUGGUUAUAAUAUUCAUUUAGGGUCUCUUAGAAGUAUUCCUUCAGCCGAUCUAAAGACAGUGGCAUCAUCAAAUGCCAUUUUGCAGAGAUCAAAUGCAUUCCAUUAUGACCCAGCUGAUAUCUUUGAAAAAGAGAGAAUACAGUGUUCAAGAGAAAAUAACUUGAUAGGAAGUGGUAGACCAAUAUUUACAGUUGGAGAAAGCAAAGAUUCAGGUUCUCAAAGCUUUGAAUCUAUGUCUAGACUUCACUCCCAAGAAAACAAUCAGGAUGGAUCUCACAUGUCUUGAAUUUAGCUGCAUUUGACAAGUAACUGUAAAAUGUGAUGCUUAUGUUGAAAUGCCUCCAAGUGUGACAUUCAUGCUUGUAUUUAUAAAGCAAUAAUGAGGACGUAAUUUAAAUUGCUAUAUCUUUUGGAAAUGGGAUUUACUUAUACAUAUAUUUUUAAGUGCUGAGAAAUGCAUAUAUAUAUUUUUAUUUGUGUUGAAACACUGUUUGUGUUAAUGAUAAGAGAGUUUCUUCUAAAAUGUGUUGAAUUGUGCAGAAAUCAUUAUAGUUAAUUGUUGUAAGAGGUUUUAUAUAAAGAGUAGGAUACUGUGAGGUAUCCAUAGUACUUUGACGUAUAGUGAGCACUAUCUCGUAUCUCUUCUUCAUGAUAUAUUUACUUUAUUUUUGCUAUAUUUUAUGAGUCCAGCUAACUGCAGUUGUGUUAACAAUCACUUUUAUUAAUAUAUUGCUUUAUAUAUUUAGAAUGAGGUUUUAUUUAUCCAAGAACAUACCGUUUUUGUGGGAUAAAACAUUUUUUACAGUUCCUAUUAAAUUUUACCUUUAUAACUUUAUUUGUAGUCAUGUUUUGAUGCAUACAACAUGUUCCUCUGCAUAUAUAAUGUGCCAACCAGAAAGUGUUUUAAGGAUUUGGAAAUAUUGAAUGGUUUUUCUGAAGUUACGGUUUCUUGUGUGUGGGGGAGGGGGGAAUUGCUUGGGUUUUUCUUUAUUAUAGAUUAGAAGAUAAAAUAUGCAGAUUUGUCAUAAUAGACGCUUGAAAUAUUUGUCUUAGUAGGGCAAAUGUGGAGCAGAGGAAUUUGGUUUGAAUUAUGCUUAAUACUGACCUUUUGCAAUUCUCUUUCUAGUUUGUGAUUGGAAAUGUAGAGUCAGUAUUAAUUUUUAUUUUAAUCUUAUCUUUUAUGAAAAUAUAUUUAUCUCAUUUUGCUUUUUUAAAUAAUCAAGGCAUUCGACAACCAUUUCGCAUGGAGUAAGUUAUGAAUCUUUUUUUAGUAUGUUUUUUUUCUGAUUUAUAUUGCAUUUAUAUAUAUAUUUUUUAAUUUUGCAGCAAACAUGGUUAAGAAAGGGGAAAAAAAUACAGUACUGAAUCUCUAUUGCUUAUGAAAAAUCUGAAAAGUCAUAGGCGUUAGACCGAUAUACUAGAAUUUUACAUUGCACUGGUUAGAAAUUUCAUUAAUUUUAAACACAUUAUGAAGUAUUAUGAAUUGAAAAACAUUUAGACUAAAAUAGGAGUAAUAGUUGGAAAGAAACUUAGAAUUUUGCACUUUUUGUUGUCUGAUAAGUUAUUUUUAAAUUUGCCUUCUGAGCAGCAUAUUGUUUUUCAAGUGUUAUGUCAUUUAUAUACUGGAAUAUGUUAUUAAACCAUUUUUUGUAAAUACAUUUUUAAUAAGUUGGAGCAAAUUAUAUUUUUAUAUUUUCUACAUUAAUUAAAUGAAACCUGUUAUUGUAUAUACUUAAGGGUAUACUUAUUUCGAUGUAUUAAUAGUGUAUCCUGUUGUAAAACUUGUGCAAAAAAUUCCUUCAUAAAAACAGAUGUUUAUGAAUAUUUAUCAGUAUUUUCAUUAAAUUUGGUGUGUAACAAGGAAAGAAAAUACUAAUCAACUCUUCCAUUUGUCAGUAAUACUUUAAAAAUCAGCUUUGAAACUAUUAUUUUUUACAUACUACUUAGAUAUUUUUUGUUUUCUUUUAUGAUGUUGUUGAAAAAGCUUCCCGUUCAGAACAUUCCACUACUUAUACAUGCAAGACUUUUUCAUUGAAGUUUUUAGCAAUAUUGGUCGUUGUUUAUUAUUGUAAAUAGAUGUAUAAUGUUUGUGUUUUAUAAGAAAAU